GUAAACCAUCAAUUCAUGGCUUGCUUUCAACUGCCAGGUUUGUCCUCUUAGUGCAACAUUCCCUCCGAAUGACGAGUUAAUUAAAAAAAGAACCUGGCCCCAGAUGUCCUUGCAAGCUGUCCCAGUGGAAGCCACAAACGUUAGCCGAACUUUCAGAAGGUUGGUGUCCAGAACGAGUUGCCAUGAUACUGUCCGAGUAAGGGGCCGAACUAACCUGCCGCCCCCAUGAAGCUGGGACAGUAGGAUUCUUUUUCUGGGAGGCGGAGAGCUCAAGUGUGAAUCCGACCUUAUAACUGUUCAACUUUCAGCUUCCCAGAACUCUUCGUCCUGUUCAGAAUUUAACGGCAGCCCUCGUCCUGAAUCCGAUUGAGGUUACUGCUGGUAAUCCAACGUGAGACCCCCUUUUUACAGCCCGAAGUUAAGCUGUAACGCCAUAAAAAAGUUUACAGAACUCCAGUUCUUUGCAAGUUGCGUGUGCGAGAAAGAGACCGACCCAUGUGGAUCGCUUGCUCUACGUACGCCAACACUUCGAUGUGCGACCUCGUUCUUUAAGCUAAGACACUUAGCCCUCAAGUCUAUGAUGGAGAAUGCCUUAGUCGUUUAAAGUUGCGCGGUCAUGUGUGAAGAAAAGAGGGAAUAUAGCAUAGAGGUUUGAUUUGAAUAGACUCGGUGAAUACUGCGAUGUGUGUGGGUUAGGGUUCUGUGGGAGGACGGGGAGCUAUUCUCGAUUCAAACAGACGAUUGUUUGGUUUCGUAGAAAAGAUGAUGGGGAUUAUGGGAUUGCCAACCUAUGUAACACGGGAAGUUUCAAAAUUAUGGAAGAGAGGGAUCAUGGAGCUCUCAGUGGAAUGGUUGCUACUGUUGGAGAAUUGGAAGUUGAUUAUUGGAGGGCUGCUGUUUCAGUAUGUACAUGGAGUUGGUGCACGUAUCGCACAUUAUCAACACCAUCCGGGACCGUUGCUUCACGAUGUUGGUUUCGAGUACCUCCCGGAACUUGGAAAAAAGAAUGCGCACAUAAGCGAAUCUCUUUUCACUCUCGUUUUUGUUUCUUUUCUUCUGUGGUCAUUCCACCCUUUCGUAUUUUACAAUAAGCGAUUUUACACUGCACUGCUGUGGGUCAGAGUGCUUAUGUGUCUAGUGAUCUGCCAGUGUUUGAGAAUGGCGUCGUUUAUGGUGACGCAGUUGCCUGGGCCAAACUAUCAUUGUCACGAGGGUCAGCCAACGGCUAUCUUGCCGCCCCCGAAGAACGUCAAAGAUGUAUUACUCUUGAAUUUUCCAUAUGGAGUGAUAUAUGGAUGUGGAGACUUAAUAUUCUCCUCACACAUGACAUUCGCAUUGACGUUCUUCCACUCCUAUGUGAAGUACGGGACGAGACAAUGGAUGAAAUUUGUUGCAUUUCUGACGAUGGUUGCUUUGAGCCUUCUCAUCAUAGCCUCGCACAAGCAUUACUCUGUAGAUAUCGUCGUGGCUUGGUUCACCGUGUAUUUUGUGUUUUUUUACGUGGAUCGGCGCUUGGCUGAUGCCGUAAUGGGUGAGCGUGUACCAACAAGCAAUGGACCUCCCCUCCUGCCAAUGGUCGUCAAGAUUGGCAAGGAUGGCCGCAAUAAAGAGGAGAAGUUGCUGAACGGCAGUGCCGAAAAUGGAAGUGUUGAAGAAUAAUGAUCGACAAAACCAAGGGUUCGAUAUAAGCGGAUGUGUUUGUAGUCGUAACCCGAGCUCCCUUAGGAGCGUGGUGGUGAGAAGAAGUGUUUUUGACUGCUCCUUGAUUGUGUGUAUUUGUCACUUUUUGGAGAACCCAGAAGGUAUACGUGAAACUGGCGUAGUUCAGUCCUCCAUUGUUGGUGAUUUUUCUUCUCAGUCAGCGGAAUCCGGCAAGAGGACUAUUCUUCCUGAUCUGCCAUGGCCUCCCUUGUUUAAUCACGAGGAGAGGCCAGUGUAAGGCGAUAGGAUGAGGACAAACCAACCUUCUGAAAAUCACUACUCCUGAGGUGAUCUUCGUUCGUUCUUGCAUUUUGAGUUAGGGGUUUGGAAGAAGAACCAUACACAAGUCGAUGUGCCUUCGACACCUAUAACGCCAUGAAGGGAGAUCUGUGGAGUUUGUUUUUAUUUUUAUUUUUAUCGGUAAUCAAAUCUCAGAUCUUCAUCUACAAUGUAUUUCUCUUCUGAGCUCAAUCAUGACGAUUUGGCGACAAUGUGAACUGUGAUGGUGGACAUUGACUGCGCUUACAAGAUUUGUAGAGAUUAGUUGUUAACGACGGUCUUCUUUUGGUGUAAUCAGUACUGGGGCAGUUCUUGUCAUCUUGAAUCCUAGAAAGAGCCUUUGAAGGUUGUCACGAUCAAGAAUGAUCAGAAAGUUCCGAGCACACAUUAUGAAAUACUGUUGUGAUGGACAUUUUCACUAUUUGUGGAUGGAAUUAGUGUUGCGCUCAUACUUUUAGAUUGUGUAGUGCUGUGACCUCUCGAUUUUCUGGUUUAGCAAACUGCUGUUUGCAAUUUGGACGAAACCUUAUUCUGUAUUCCAUUUGGAAAGAGGAUUUAAUGGGAGAAGAGUUUUUACGUGCA